AUGGACGCGGAAGACCUCGAGCGGCUCACGCGCGUCUCGUCCGACUCGUUCGCGUACUCCUACGGGCAGAGCGCGCGGAAGCUCCCGAAGCGCAUCGUCCUCGUGCGACACGGCGAGAGCUACGGGAACGUGGACGAGAGCGAGUACACGCGAACGCCGGACUCGCAGAUUCGGCUGACGACGAACGGGCACGCGCAGGCGACGGAGACGGGGAAGCAGCUUCGGAAGCUCUUCGACGAAGACUUCAGUCUUCAUCCGUACAGAGUGUUCUUCUACAUCUCGCCGUACAGGAGGUCGAAGGAGACCGCGCUCGGGAUCGCGCGCGCGUUCGACGACGACGCCAUCAGCGGCGUCCGCGAGGAGCCGCAGCUCCGCGAGCAAGAUUUCGGGAACUUUCAGGACGCGUCGAGGAAGAAGCUCGAGAAGCGCGAACGGCAGUACUUUGGCCGUUUUUUCUACCGGUUCCCCGACGGCGAGAGCGGCGCGGACGUGUUCGAUAGGAUAACGAUAUUCGAAGAUCACAUGGUUCGGGACAUCGACGCGGGACGGUUCGACGAGAACACGAACAUGGUGCUGUGCACGCACGGGUUGACGUUGCGGCUGUUUCUCAUGCGUUGGUUCCACUGGACCGUCGCGGAGUACGAACGCAUCGCGAACCCGGCGAACUCGACGCCGAUCAUCCUCGAGAGGAUCGACGACCCGACGGUGAACAAGGGGACGUUUCACACGAAGGAGCUGUACCGACUGUCAGCGGAGAGCAUGAAAGGGUUGAGAGGGAUCUCCGACGUCAUGGCGAGGUGCGUUCUAUACACUGGUCCCCAUACAACCCCGUUCGCGUGGUGA